GACUGUUUGUUCUUGCUGUUGUUCAGCGUCUGACCCCCCGCAAGGCAGUAAAUCCUGUUUUACGAAAUGAGCUGUCACUCAGCAGGAGUGGCCUCAGGCUCAAGGCCGCGGAUCCGGGUGCGAAAUUUCAGCAAAUAUUCCCCGCCCCGUAUCUCGCAACAACAGAACUGCCUGGCUUCAUCAGCUGACUGGCCGCGUAUAAGCUGAAAACAGCGUGUGCGUAGCGAUAGACGUCUGUUCAACAUGGAGGCGUUCAAGUUGCAAUCCUUUUUGCUCUUUCUAGCAGCAUUUUUGUUAGUGUUGACGUUGAUCCAAGCCGAGGACACAGGUGCCACUAUUACGGAGGACGACACCAUGUUUGUUGACGAGGCUGAAGCCAAGGCUUACCGACCUCGCCGAGUGAAGAGAGGCUGGAGACGUAUACGGAUCAGGGUGAAACGCAUAACUGGAGAGGAAAGAAAGGAAGAGAGAGAAAGCCGCAGCGAGCAAGCCAGACGAGACGAGCUGAACAGAUUCUGUACCGCCAACUGUUGGUCUCAAUGGACGCCAUAUUCCCCGUGCUCUGUCCAGUGUGGACACGGAGGCACCAGAACACGCACGCGAUCUAAAGCUCCUCCAGCGAGGUGUUCAGGCUGGGCCGCCGGACACAACUGUAACGGACCCUCCCUGGAACGCCCGGGGUGUUCUGUACCCUGUAGUAACGGUGGCACCCCUGGGAAUGCGAUGUGCUCCUGUUCACCCGGGUUUAUUGGGAAAUGCUGUGAGACCAAGGUCACCUGUCAACAUCCGGGCAGACCCGCCCAUGGUGACGUCACACCGAGUGCCCCCCCGCAUGACGUAGGCACAAGGGUUACAUACAAGUGUGAGACCGGCUACCGCCUGCAAGGAACGAACACUCGAACUUGUCAAGCCAAUGGCCAGUUUGAUGGAUCAUUACCGACUUGUUCGCUCGUUGACUGUGGAGAUCCGGGUACCCCCACCAAGGGGAACCACAGUGUGACAGCCACCACGUACCAAGGCACCGUAUCCUACUCGUGUUCUACAGGGUACAAGGUUCAGGGAGACACCACCAGGACAUGUCAGGCUGACGGUACAUGGAGUGGAGAACUGCCACAGUGUCAGAUCAUCUCCUGUGGCGCCCUCCCCGGGUUAGAAAACGGGGUUCAGAGUCACUCCGGUGGCCCUCCUGGGAAUGUGUACGGGGGAGAGAUGACAUUCAGCUGUAACAGUGGGUUUUACCUACAGGGGUCUAGACAGAGAAAAUGUCAACUAUCAGGACAAUGGGACGGAACGCAACCAACUUGUGAACCUAUCGUCUGUCCUGAUCUGACAGACCCACAGUUUGGAACCGCCUCUACACCUCAAGGAACCCGGUUUGGGUCAAAGGUCACCUACACCUGUGACAGUGGCUACAUGUUACAGGGAGACGCUGAGAGGACAUGUGAGGCACAGGGUAUACAGGGGGUGUGGUCAGGAAGUAAACCUCAGUGCACACCUGUGGACUGUGGUGACCCAGGUCUUCCCCAGAAUGGUGUCAAGACCGGAAGUGAUUACACGUUUGGAAACGAGGUCAACUUUCAGUGUCAGCCCGGCUACUUCCUUCAAGGCAGCGAUAAGAUCACGUGUACAGCAUCCGGGCAGUGGUCUGCAAAAUUACCUAACUGUUCAGCUUGUCCACUCAACCAGUACAAACCCGGUGUGAACAGCAGAAUAUCCUGUGUGCCAUGCCCUGAAAACUCCCACACUCUAGAUGGCGCCAGUACUGAUGUCACUCAAUGUAUUUGUAACUAUGGUUACGAGGGUCCAGCUGGGGGUCCAUGUUCAGAGAUCCGUUGCCCUGCCCUGAAUCCCCCAGACCACGGCAGUAUUGCAGCCUGUCAAACUGCAGUGAACGACACGUGUACUUUCCAGUGUGACCCAGGGUACAUCUUUGGAACAGAAAGUGAAAGUGCCACCAAAGUUUGCAAAAUCGAUGCCACGUGGACGGGUGGAAAUGUCACGUGUCUUGAAUGUCCGGUAAAUACGUACAAAUCCGACCCCACAUCAUGUGACAGCUGUCCCGCACUGACGAACACCAAUGGAACUGUGGGUAAUGUAAUAUCCGGCUGUGUGUGUGAUGGCGGGUACAGGGGACCUGGAGGUGGACCUUGUGAUGAUAUUGACGAAUGUGUAGAAGACAAUGGUGCAGGUUGUAAUCAAACAUGUGAGAAUACUCCUGGAAGCUACAGGUGUCUGUGUACUAUACCUGGUUAUAGAGUUCACCCAGUUGACUCAACGUUAUGUGAAGUGGAGAAGCAGUGUUCGGUAUUCGGUAUCCCAGAGAACGGAGGCUCUGUGUGUCAUCACGAGUUCUUGACCAACACGGACAGAUGUCAGGUGAAAUGUAACAAGGGGUUCGAGUACGUGGAAAGAACCAAUGCCUUUGAGGUGUGUGGACCGGCCACCAACUGGCAGUGGUCUUACGAGAUUAAUAAAACACCGGUCACUGGAUGUGUGGAGCAAUUCUUUCCUGGAGUGGAACUAGAGGCAGAAAUAGCGUACUUUGUUGACGACUGUGUGGCUCUUACUUCUACUCAGCGUAGAGAAGCAAAGCAAGCUUUGGUUGACAUUUUAGAACAAAGGGGUGUCUGCAAACAAAAUGGCGUCUCUGUUUGUAAUAUCUCGGACGUCCAAAUUGAAUGCGGUCCUCAGUAUUCCUUUGGUGGUGUUCGUAAACGUGACACGUCUGGCAAUAUUCUGUGGUUCAGAUUUAAGAUCAAAACACAACAGAAGCCUUCAAUUGAUUUAGACUGUACCAAGUAUUGUAAUGGCUCUGAAAACUGUGGCGAAUGCGCCCAAGGAUACAUGACAGAGACGGAGAAUAUGAUGAACAACCAGCAGAAAGAAGUUCAGGAGAUAUUCAGCCCAGUUGGUUCUCAAAUUAAUGAAACAGCGGCAAAUGUCACAGAAGCGCCUAUUCCACCACCAGUGCUGAAGAUUGGAACUUUGGUGCUGAAUCCGGUGCCAAACAGCUUCAAGAUGGACAAGAAUAUGUCGGUGUCUUGUGAAGAUGUCAUGGAAGUACGCGGGACAUCCUGUGUCCCAUGUCCUGCUGGCAGGUAUCUGCCACCAGGGGGCUCCACCUGUCACAAAUGCCCGCCAGGAACGUUCCAAAUCGAGACUCAACAAACAUUCUGCCUGCCAUGUCCGCGCGGAUUUCUCUCUCUGUCUGGAGCAUCUGACUGUAGCCCGUUAUUCAAGAUCAUCUUCGACUUCAUAAAACACGUCGGAGAACUAAUGGAUAGUAUAAAUGAAAACGAAGAUGACAUUUCGUCUCUUUUAUCAUUAAAGUAAAUGGAUGCAGGCAGUCUGUGUUAUAUUCCAGAAGGGGGAUAUGGGGUAUGGGGGUGCUAUCAUAUAGUGACACAGGGCAGUGUAAAGAUAGGAAUAUCACCUACUAAAUAUUUUGUACUGGGGCAUCCUUAUGAAAACGAGUAAAAAUGUUAAUCCUGCCUUUGGCUGUUAUACUUUUUACAAGUACGUAAAAUGUAUCAUAUAAGAAACAACAGUUAGGUCAAAUGUUUUAGUUUUUUUGGAUAUAAAUUUUCUUCGCUUGCUAUAUUUUGCCAGGUGUUGUUGACCAUUAGCGUUUGUACUGUUGGUGCAUCUGUACUUCUUUUCCUUAAAUGGCGUGUUUCUUUGAUAUUGUUCCAAAAUAAAUAAACUGGAGCUUUAUGUAUUCAUACCCAAAUGUUUUGAUUCCAAUGCAGUGUUAAGUAUAUUUUUACUGUAUUCAGUGGACCUGUGCCUUGUUUGACAUGGCACGGCGGAAAUAUUAAUUUAACUGAAUUGUGAAAGUUCCAACGUUGAUUAUAUAAAGGUAGCUGUUGAAUCA